CCGGGGAGAGAGGAGGGGGCGGCACUUCCGGUCGGGCCCUCGGGUCUCCCCGGAGCGGCGGCGUUUCUUCCGCCUCCUCGGCCUCCUCCCGGCGGAGACCCCGGCGCCGGGUCUCCUGUCUGCCUACCCAUCAGAGAUGGAGACAAACCCAGCGGGCAGUGGCGCCGGGGGUGGCGGGAACAGCGGCAUAGGGGGAGAGGACGGGGUCCACUUCCAGAGCUACCCCUUCGACUUCCUGGAAUUCCUCAACCACCAGCGUUUCGAGCCCAUGGAACUGUACGGGGAGCAUGCCAAGGCUGUGGCGGCCCUGCCCUGUACCCCUGGCCCCCCGUCCCAGCCCCCUCCCCAACCCCCUCCCCCCCAGUAUGACUACCAAUCCCAGUCGACCUUCAAGCCCAAGGCAGAGGCACCUUCCUCAUCUUCGUCAUCCUCCUCCUCCUCCUCCUCCUCCUCCCAAGCCAAGAAGCCAGAUCCACCCUUGCCUCCUGCCUUUGGAGCUCCCCCUCCCCCCCUCUUUGAUGCUGCCUUCCCUGCCCCACAGUGGGGCAUCGUUGACCUCUCGGGACACCAGCACCUGUUUGGGAAUCUGAAGCGAGGAGGACCCACCUCUGGGCCGGGAGUGACACCGGGGCUGGGCGCGCCCACGGGGGCCCCAGGGCAGCUUCCAGCACCCUCACCCACCCCGCCAGCGCCCGCUGCAGGGGCAGCCUGUGACCCUACCAAGGACGACAAGGGCUACUUCCGGAGGCUCAAAUACCUGAUGGAGCGGCGCUUCCCAUGCGGCGUGUGCCAGAAGUCCUUUAAGCAGUCCUCACACCUGGUCCAGCACAUGCUGGUGCACUCAGGGGAGAGACCCUAUGAGUGCGGGGUCUGCGGCCGCACCUACAACCACGUGUCCAGCCUCAUCCGCCACCGCCGCUGCCAUAAGGAUGUGCCACCUGCUGCAGGAGGGCCGCCCCAGCCCGGCGCUUCACUCCCACCACUGGGCCUCUCUGCGCCUGCGCCCACGCCGACAGCUGUCGCCGCUGUCCCCACCACCGUGUCCUCUGGCCCCUCAGCCACGCCUGCAGCGCCUGCCCCUUCAGCGGACGGGAACUCUGCCCCUGCUGCCCCUACUGGUGGGGGGGUCCCUCCUCCAGCCACUGGGGGCAGCGAGGGCCCAUUUGCCUGUCCGCUCUGCUGGAAGGUCUUCAAGAAGCCCAGCCACCUGCACCAGCACCAGAUCAUACACACCGGUGAGAAGCCCUUUUCAUGCUCCGUGUGCAGUAAAAGCUUCAACCGCAGGGAGAGCCUCAAGCGGCAUGUGAAGACACACUCGGCCGACCUCCUGCGCCUGCCCUGUGGCAUCUGCGGAAAAGCCUUCCGUGAUGCUGCCUACCUGCUCAAGCAUCAGGCAGCACACGCAGGCGCGGGGGCUGGGGGGCCACGGCCAGUGUACCCAUGCGACCUGUGCGGCAAGUCCUACUCGGCCCCGCAGAGCCUGCUCCGGCACAAGGCUGCCCACGCCCCGGCCACCGCUGCAGAUGCACCCAAGGAUGGGGCGGCCCCGGUCCCGCAGCCCCCGCCCGCCUUUCCCCCUGGCCCUUAUCUCCUGCCCUCUGACCCUUCUGCCACAGAUAGCGAGAAGGCAGCAGCUGCUGCAGCGGCAGUUGUAUAUGGCGCAGUGCCGGUCCCGCUCCUGGGGGCACACCCGUUGCUGCUCGGUGGGGCUGGGACCAGCGGGGCAGGAGGCUCCAGCGCCAGCGUCCCUGGAAAGACGUUCUGCUGCGGCAUCUGUGGGCGCGGCUUUGGGCGCCGCGAGACCCUGAAGCGCCACGAACGCAUCCACACAGGCGAGAAGCCCCACCAGUGUCCGGUGUGUGGAAAGCGCUUCCGUGAGUCCUUCCACUUGAGCAAGCAUCACGUGGUGCACACGCGAGAGCGGCCCUACAAGUGUGAGCUCUGCGGCAAGGUCUUCGGUUAUCCACAGAGCCUCACCCGCCACCGCCAGGUGCACCGGCUUCAGCUGCCAUGUGCCCUGGCUGGGACCACUGGACUCCCGGCCACCCAGGGCGCGCCAGGGGCCUGUGGGCCUGGGUCCUCGGCUGCGUCCUCAGGGCCCUCUGAUGGGCUGAGUUACGCCUGCUCAGACUGUGGCGAGCACUUCCCAGAUCUCUUUCACGUCAUGAGCCACAAAGAGGCACACAUGUCCGAAAAGCCAUAUGGCUGUGAUGCCUGCGGCAAGACCUUUGGCUUCAUUGAGAACCUCAUGUGGCACAAGCUGGUCCACCAGGCUGCCCCUGAGCGCCUGCUCCCGCCCGCGCCAAGUGGCCCCCAGGCUCCAGACGGCUCCAGUGGCGCUGAUGCGGCCAGCGUGCUGGACAAUGGGCUGGCUGGAGAGGUGGGGGCAGCGGUGGCGGCGCUCGCAGGGGUGUCUGGGGGCGAAGAUGCAGGUGGGGCAGCCGUGGCAGGUGCAGGCGGGAGCGCCAGCUCCGGCCAGGAGCGCUUCAGCUGUGCCACAUGUGGCCAGAGCUUCAAGCACUUUCUGGGCCUCGUGACUCAUAAGUAUGUUCACCUAGUGCGACGCACCCUGGGAUGUGGCCUCUGCGGCCAGAGCUUCGCCGGUGCCUAUGAUCUGCUUCUGCACCGCCGCAGCCACCGGCAGAAGCGAGGUUUCCGCUGUCCGGUGUGUGGGAAGCGCUUCUGGGAGGCGGCUCUGUUGAUGCGCCAUCAGCGCUGCCACACAGAACAGCGGCCCUACCGGUGUGGAGUUUGUGGCCGGGGCUUCCUGCGCUCUUGGUACCUGCGGCAGCACCGCGUGGUGCACACCGGUGAGCGGGCCUUCAAGUGUGGAGUGUGCGCCAAGCGCUUCGCGCAGUCAUCCAGCCUGGCAGAGCACCGGCGGCUACAUGCUGUGGCUCGGCCUCAGCGCUGCAGUGCCUGCGGCAAGACUUUCCGUUACCGCUCCAACCUGCUGGAGCAUCAGCGGCUACACCUGGGUGAGCGCGCCUACCGCUGUGAGCACUGCGGCAAAGGCUUUUUCUACCUGAGCUCCGUGCUGCGCCACCAGCGCGCCCAUGAGCCCCCACGGCCUGAGCUCCGCUGCCCUGCUUGCCUCAAGGCCUUCAAGGAUCCGGGCUACUUCCGUAAGCACCUGGCGGCCCACCAGGGUGGCCGGCCCUUCCGCUGCUCCUCCUGUGGUGAGGGCUUCGCCAACACAUAUGGCCUCAAGAAGCACCGCCUGGCACACAAAGCUGAGGGCCUCGGGGGGCCUGGAGCAGGGGCGGGCACCUUGGCUGGGAAGGAUGCGUGACCGGAGUUUUCCCAUCCAUCACUCCAAUCAGAUGACCUUCCCGACUACCCCUCCCGGGCUGGUGAUCAGACCUUCCCCCUUGUAGCCAAUACCCCAUCCUUUGGGACUUUGGAUGGACUGACCUCCUUUGGAGCCCAUGCUCUACAAAUUCAAGACUGAAUCACUCCCUUCUUGGACCUCUCUGCCCUUCCCUCAUCUCAUCAGACACUGAACUUGACCCUCCGUCCAACCCUCAUUUGUAACCCUCAUGGGUGCCCCCUCCAGCAGCAUUCUGCCCCCAAUAAGCUUUGGUGGAGAUGGGCCCAAACUGUCCCUCCCCCUUCCUUGGGAAUCUGGCCAGACAGGGAAAUAGGAGCAGGGCUGGGACAGUACAAGGGGGGUG